AUGAACAUCACCCAGCUGAUAGAAAUUGCCAAUAAGGUCUACAUGAACAGGGAGGUCACAGCCAAAUGGGAAGCCGACAAAAAGAUGAAAAAGAAAUGGCUCCCUUCCCUGGCCCCAACCACCUUCAGCUUCCUUUGGGGACGCACCCCUCCUGCGAGGAGAAAAUCCCUCUCAGUAACGCAAACCUCCCUCUUCGUGGCACCCGCAGCUUGGAACCUGCUGGAAGAGUGUGGUGAAAACGAGGAGAAACCUGCCCGCAGCUCAAAUUCGCGCUUCAGCACCAUCAGCCCUGGCCGAGCAUGUGCAGUGCCUCCUCCUUCAGCAGUGGGGGCUGACUGGCAGUUGCCCAAAUGCUCAUUAAUCACAAGAGGCUCUGGGCCCCGGACGCCCCCGGGCCUUGGGCAGAGAGUCUCGGUGGCGGAGAUAAACAAAUGUAGGGAGAUGCCUGCUCGGCCGACUGCCGCCCCGGCCCGGAGCCCUGGGCUCACUUCGCAGCCUGCUGCCGAGUUUCACACCGCAGUCCUGCUCAGCAUCCGCCGAGCUUCGCCCCCUUGCCCAAGUCUGCAGAUGGAUGGAUGCGGGGCGCAGGCUUCCCGUGGUCGGGUUAAAGCUGGCUCCGGCUAAAGCCCCAAAGCUCCCACCUCGCGCCUCCCGUUUAUCUGCCCGCCCCCACCACCACUACCGAAGGACGUGCCCCUCUGGUAGUGUCGGGGCUCCCAGCCCAAGCAAGGGGGAGGACACCUCCCUAUCCCCUCCUCCCCAUCCCCGCCGCGGCUCGGGGUUUUACUGCAGCAGCCGGAGGUGACAGCGACGCCUUCGCCUCCUCCGUUGCUCUCAGAGCCCCUGCUUCCCCUGCAUCCGGAAAGCGCCCCCUCCUGAGAGGCUGGUCCCCGGAGAAGUGCUAACGAGCUGCAGAAAACCAAAUUUAAAAAAUGUAGAAGUCGCUGGGCUGCAUUCCUCCGAGGACGAGCCUGAUCGCCCAGGACAGAGAGUGGCAGCGUGUGGGAAGUUGGGACCGUAGAGCAAAGGGGGAGGGGAGUGGUGCAGCCGGCAUUCUCCUCUGGAAGCAAUCGCUGGGAGCAGUGAGGUUGGAGACAAGUUUGCGCGGGAGUGUUUUCCUUUUGUCAAUAAUUAAUCACCGGAAUCGGUCUGGCAGAAUUGGAGUUUUAGCAAUAGUGAAGAGGGCGGGGCCGAACACCUAACUCCAGGAGGCUCUGAGGCGCCCGGCGCAGUGGGAAGCUCGCAGCAGCUGGGGAGGAGCCAAAGCCUGGGCGCUCACCUAAGCCGCAGGGAGAUACACCCAACCGGGAGGUAAGCAUCUUCCAAAAUAUAUGCUUGAACGCUAAAGUAGCUUUAGUAGGUUAGAAUUCCUGUCUCUAUAGGG